AUGUCUUUCUCUCAAGACAGCUCGAAUCCCUCCUUCUCGAUGUCCGCGUACAUGGUUCCCUCCCGACAAUCCUCAUACUCCCAGUCCCAGUCCGACGAUGAGCUCGCCUCUCUCCCUUCAGAAUCUACAAACGACUCCGACCUCGAUACCUUGUCGGAAUAUUCAUCCGAUGCCGAGGCAGAAUGGCAGGAAAGCAUUGAACAACUGGAGCUGCUUCUGAGUAUGGUCCUGGUACCUUUCCUUGGGAAAUACCUGGGACGACGAUGCGCAUAUUGGAGUUGGACGCGAUUCAUGGAGUGGAAGUUCCCCGUUGAGGUGGUGAUGCAGAACCCGGGCGCAUUCAAAGCAGCGGGUGUGGUCGAGGCGGCUGCGACUCUAUGA